AUGGAUGAAAAUAUGUGUCAAAUUUUUAAUGUUUUUUGGGAGGAUUUUCCCGAUACAUUGAGAGAUGGAAACUAUAAAUUUAAUGAUAAUAAAAUUUGCGAAACCUAUUGUUAUGGUAAUUGUGAUAAUGACAAUUGUGAGACUGAUAAUGAUAAAAUUAUGGCUGGAUGGAUAUCCCUUAUUAAAACAAUUUAUAAUUCUGAUUCGAUUGAGAAUGAUGAACCAAAGAAUAAGAAUAUUAACGAAUAUAUUACCAUAUGGUUAAUUUAUACGUUAAACCUAAAAGCUGAUAACACCAUCAGCAAUUUAAAUGAAACAUAUGAUAAUUAUGUAAAUAACUGUGGUGGACAUAGCUUGGUUUCAACUGAGAGUAAAGAUUAUUCUGACAUUAUUAAUAAUCUUAUAAAUAAUACGAAAUAUUUGAUGAAUGUGAAUAAGGACAUUAUAUCUAAAUUUUAUAAUUUAUUAAAAUCAUUAUGUAGCAUGUACAAUGAUAUUAAUAGUAACCCAUCAGAUUGCACCAAACAUAAUAGUAAAGCUAAAAAAUUUGUUAAUAAAUAUCAAGAACUUCUUGAUGAUAAUAAUAUUAAUACUAAAGACAGUCAACAUAGCCAAAUGCUGUCUACUUUAUCAACGGAUUAUGAUAAUUUUAAAAAAUAUUGUGAAAAAAAUUGCUCUAGUUGUAGCAGUAUUUCACCUCUUCCAACGACAAAAACAACACAAAAUUUUGCGCGUAUCUCUGAAGAUACACCAUCAAGUUCGUCGAUAGAAAGCAAAUUAAUUCCAGCCUUAUUGAUAUUUGCAAUACCAAUUUUCUUGGGAAUAGCUUAUAAGACAAUAUUUAAGAGAAAAGAUAAAAAAAAUAACGAAGAAAAUGAAUAA